AUGCCUCUUUCAUUCGAUUGGCCAUUUCCAGAAAGACCAUCGAUAUUCUAUAAAGCAGUUUCAGCCGUCACGAUUGGACUUGCCGGGUCACUAAGCAAAGGUUGGAUGAAAUACUUAACCUCAGUUCGUGUAGAAAACGGUGAAAUUCUUGUCAAUGCUGUACUACAUCGAGAUCCCGAUCGACCAUUGAUUACCGUUGCUAAUCAUCAUUGUUGUAUGGACGAUCCAUUGUUAUUCGGAGCGACUUUACCAUUGCGCGUUUUCUGGAACCGUCAUCGAAUGCGCUGGGGCGUUGGCGCUGAUGAUAUUGUGUUCACCUUGCCAAGACACCAGUUGUUUUUCAGUUUGGGGAAAAUAAUACCUGUGACCCGAGGUGAUGGUGUGUAUCAGCGACCGAUGGAUUUUGCUUUAGAACAAAUCAAUCAAGGCGGAUGGGUGCACAUUUUUCCAGAAGGAAAAGUAAAUCUAUCAAAAGAAUUGAUGAGGCUCAAAUGGGGUGUUGGUCGGCUGAUUGCCGAGGCAACUAUCUGCCCCCUGGUUGUUCCAUUUUAUCAUCUCGGAAUGGAUUCAGUUCUACCGAACACAGAGCCAUACAUUCCUCAAAGGGGCCAAAAAGUUAGCAUUUAUGUUGGGGAGCCAUUAGUCUUCGACGAACUUGUACAAAAAAUGAAGAGCGAAAACCGAUCAUUGCAAGAAAUACGGAAGGCAGUAACUGAUAUAAUUCAAAAUGAAUUCGCGAAAUUGAAAGUGAAAUGUGAAGAACUACAUCGAAAACAUCUUGCUGAUUCGAUUUCGUCCUAA